AUGACAACAUCAGCAACAGAAUCAAAAAGUUACCCAAUCGAUGAUUGUUUUGGUAAAAGCAUUGGAAGAGAAAAUUUGGAUAAACUAACUUCUUUAAAUCUUAAUGAAGACAGUGGUGGAGAUGGUGAAAUGAUUACUUUUGUUGAAUUUAUUAGAGGUCAAAAGAAGAAGAAAAAUGAUGGAAUUCUUAGAAAUGAGGCUUUUGAAAAUUUGAGGCCAAUUGAUGAAGAUGACCCUUCAGACAAUUUUUUUGACGUUGCUUUGGAUACAGCACGUGUCCCUGAAGAUCCAGUUUCGACCUUUGCAGAAGGGAGGAGCAAAAGUUAUAUGGUUAAUUUGUCCGAAAAUGAAGAUUCAAAAGAAAGAAAUCAACCAAGAAACCACUCCUUUUCUCAAACGGCCGCUUCAUUUGGACAAUCACUUUGUUUGACAGUUGGUGAACACACUCGAUGGUUGGGCGUUCCUCGCAGAGACAGUCAAGAAUCAGCAGCUUAUGGGUGUGAAACUUUGGGAGAGAAGGAAGUGAAAAAUGAGACUACUAAUGCAACAAUGCAAGACACUCCUCAACACCAAGAGGAAAAACAACAAGAAGAUGGACGCUUAAUGGUUUUCAAACGAAGUGGUGCUUCUACAACAAUUUUAUUCUCCCGGAUUUUCUGCUGUCUAAGAAGAGCUGUUGAUGUAAACAACAAUUUUGGAUUAAAAGAAAAAAGAUGUGAGGUUUUUAUUAAUGACAACAAUGAGAAUAAAGAACAAACUAAUCAACAUUCAAAAUUAUAUUCGUGGUAAGAUGCCUAAAAUGUAUAUUCUGUGUUUUGUUGUAUAAAGUGUUGUGUUUUGUACAAGUUUUUGAACCCAAACUUUUGCACAAACCAGACUCAAACUUUCGUACUCAACCUUACUGGAAUUUAAAUAAAUGGGACAGUCGGAUUUAGAGAAAUAAUAAAAAAGAAAUAGUGCAGGCAGAGA